CUUCUCCGGGGGGCGGGGUACUCUCCUCAUGUAAAGUACAGUGCGCAAAGAGCUAAAGUGGUGGAGAGCUGCAAAUGUCUGGAGGCAGCGGGCACAGCAAGAACAGAGUUAACGCUUCUGAAACUGGAUCAUUUAAACGGGAAUACGAACAACCAUGACACUGUUCAGCAGUUUGCUGCAAACCCCGUGUCGCCAAAUAGCCAGGCAUGACCCUUUUUACCGUUCAGUGUUGGCAGCUUUGUUUCAUAACUCUUCCAAAGUCACCAGUAACCAGAGCAUGGAUGUGCAGGACGACGGAGACGAGAAGGACGAUCUGGCCGAAAUCCUGUUGCAUGCACCUCAUGUCCAUCAUGGGGAGGUGAAGACACUGAAGGAAAUGCCCGGGCCUAGUACCUUAACGAACUUGAUCGAAUUUUUCUGGCGAGAUGGUUUUAGCAGGAUCCACAAAAUCCAGGAGAAACAUUCGGAGCAGUAUGGAAAGAUAUUCAAGUCACAUUUUGGGCCUCAGUUUGUGGUAUCCAUUGCUGAUCGAGAUAUGGUGGCGCAUGUUCUAAGGAUGGAGGGCAGAGCGCCACAGAGAGCAAACAUGGAAUCCUGGCAAGAAUACAGAGACCUGCGUGGGCGAUCAACUGGGCUGAUCUCCGCAGAGGGAGAGAAAUGGUUAAAGAUGAGGAGUGUUCUCCGACAAAAAAUUCUGAAACCCAAGGAUGUAGCCAUCUACUCAGAAGAUGUUAAUGAUGUUGUUGCUGAUUUACUGAAAAGGAUUUAUACUCUCAGAAGUAAGGAAGAUGAUGGUGAGACAGUCAACAAUGUCAACGACCUCUUCUUUAAGUAUGCAAUGGAAGGUCAGAUCCAUGUUGACACUAAGGUCAGAGAGAUUCAGAAGCAGCUGGAGAAUGGGGAAGAAGUGAAAGGUGGCCUUCUUACUUACCUAUUAGUCAGUAAAGGCAUGACAUUGGAGGAGAUAUAUGCCAACAUGACAGAGAUGUUACUGGCUGGUGUUGACACCACUUCAUUUACAUUGUCAUGGGCUACUUAUCUACUGGCCAAAACCCCUGAAGCUCAACAAGCUGUGUACGAGGAAAUUCUCAACAACUUGGGAAGAUACCAGGUCCCUCUAGCAGAAGACGUACCCAAAUUGCCACUAAUUCGUGGUGUUGUCAAGGAAACACUUAGAUUAUUUCCAGUGUUACCAGGAAAUGGAAGAAUAACGCAAGAUGACUUAGUUAUUGGAGGGUAUUUAAUUCCAAAGGGGACCCAGCUAGCACUUUGCCAUUAUACAACAUCUCGUAGUGAAGAGUGCUUUCCUGGGGCUGAGGACUUCAAGCCAGAGAGGUGGCUGCGAAAGGAUAAUAUGGAUAGAGUGGACAAUUUUGGAUCAAUUCCCUUUGGUUAUGGAAUCCGGAGCUGCAUAGGAAAAAGAGUGGCUGAACUAGAACUUCACCUUGCACUAAUCCAGAUACUGCAAACAUUUCAGAUUGAUGUUGGUCCAAAGACAAAUUCUGUUCAUGCAAGGACCCAUGGACUUCUGGGACCUGGUGCUCCAAUCAAUUUGAGAUUUACUGACAGGAAGUGAUACCAUAAAGGAAGAUUUUUUUUUCUGUGGACACGUCAUGCUGGAUUCCUUUUUGCAGAUAUACUUGUUCAUUUUAGGAAAUCAAUAAAUGAAACAAGGCUGACCUAACAACAGCAUUAUCCUUCCUACUGCAAAGACACAAUAGAUAAAUACUUGCUAACCGACUGAUAAAAGGAGAGAUGUAGACCAGAGGCACUAAUAAUGAAGAAAUAUAACACUUCUGUAAGGUGGAGGAAAUUAUCUUUCAAAAUGCUUAUAACUUACAUGAUAAGAUAAUGAAAACAAUGAAGUAACAUCCACAAAGUUGUUAAAGCCUUGGGUGCUCCGAAUGUUCUGUCCUUUUUGGUGUAUAGACAUGUAACCCUGUAACUGUGCAUGUUGGAUCUUUCUAAACAAUCAUGCACUGUGCCCUGAAUAGUUAUGAGCCAAUUAGUGAACCAUGACUGGUAACUACUAAGAGAAGGAAGUAAAAUUCUUCACAAGAAAAAUCACCCUUUCAUUAGCAUAAUGGAGUUACUUGGAGAUAAACAAAACUUUAUUCUAUAUUUUCUAGGGAAAAAAAUCCUAAAAUGACUACGUGAAUCAUUUUUUUUGGGCGAAGGGGCAUAACACAUCAAACUCAAGCUAAGCUUCAGCACAUUAAAUUCAGGUACAAACUGCUUUUGUAGUAAAAUAGCUUUCUUCUUAUAAGAACAUAUAAAUUUUGCCCAUUUUUAUUCUGUGCAAUUUGGUGUUGCUUGAUAGUAAAAUAACAUCUAUACCAUACACAAAAAUGGAAAUAUCUUAAUUUUAUUACAUAUGCCAUCCAUAAAACUAUUUGGUUACCAUGAAAUGAACCUUCCAUUGAUGCUGUUCACUUAGAAGAUAUUCUCCACCAGCUGACGUUACAGAAGAGAAUAUUCCUUCCAGUGAGAAGGCAAUAUAGAAUAUGUUAACUAAUAAAUGUAAAACAUACCAGCACUAAAAUUUAUAUCAGCUACAGGCCUUCUAUGUUUUUGAAAUACUUAAGUAGUAACAACCUUAGCUGCCUCAACAUGUACAUGGUCUGGUGGUGUCUGCAGACUUCAGGAUAACCUUAUUUUUUUAGCAGGGAAUUAUAGGCAUCUUUAGGCUUUGAGCUGUGAUUAAAAAGAAUCUCACUCUUUGCUAAUGAUAUGGAAUCAUUACUUCUGUUUACUAUUUUGGUGAAAAACGAGUGAUUCUUCACAAACUAAAGGUCUUAUGGAGCUGUUUAGCAAUAACAAUGACAUUGAGAUUAAUGGCUGACUGUGCAUUACUGAAUUACGAGAUCUCGCACGCACAAAUGUAAAACUAAACAGAAUUAUUUAAUGCACAUUGUUGUGACUUGAACAGUUAGUUUCUUACAACUUUGUAGAGAAAUCUAACAUAUGUAAGGAACAAUAUUUUAUUUGAUUGCACUGUUUUUAUAGUGGCACAUAAUAUUCAAAUGUUUUUUAUAUUUUUUAGAAUAAUAUGCUGUUACAAUUAUUAGAGCACUGUUUUAUAUCACUUCAAAUAAACAUUAUUAGUUUAGCUGUGAAAAGUCUUGUUCCAUCUGUACAAUGACAGUACCUGGCUAGUGAUUGGCAGGUCAGCAUGUCCAACUGGGUAACUAAAAACCUGUACGUGACUACUGCUACAGGUCCUUAAUGACUGGGGGGGGGGGACUGAGAUCUGCUGACUUGUAGACUGGUUAAUCUAUAAUCGAGCACAGGGUCACCUCUGGUAAUUCUGGUUAGAUGGUAAAAAUUUACAUGAAGAAACACAUACAGAGACUCUUGUUUGACCAUACUGGAGUGCAUAUGAAUUUCUUAAUGCAUCUGUGAUUCAGGAAACAAAUGGGGAAUUAAUGAAAACAUUCUACCAAUGACAUACCAUAUGUCUGCAGACUACCUGGGUCUCCUCUGCUUGUUGGCUUACUGUGUCACCAGAUGUUACAAGACAACUUCCUUAUGCAGAUGGGGAGGUCCACUCUCCUCUUGAAGGCUUACGUGGGGUCAAGGCAGCCAAUGACAAUGGACUAGAUUAGGGGAGCAUGGAUAGCCAUGCCAGAAGUCAUCUGAAGGAGACAAAAAAUAAAUAUUUCUGAGCUAAAAGUGGUUGAGGUUCACGAAGUCACAUGGUUUGCAUUUGUAUUAGGCAGUCAUUGAGGAAACUGUUGUGUUCAAGUCCCAUAAAACAUUAACUACACAGCAGAUCCACAUGUAGAAACAACAUUGAAUUGCAUUACAGCUAUAUGCUGCUUAAUGUCUGGGAUAGUUUUUAUAUCCCACAGAACGUUAAGUUGUGUAGAUGUUAAGCAAACACCAUAUUCUUUACAUUGUGCUUUACUUAACGUCCUUCUUCACAACAGCUGACCACAUUUAUAUCUGCUUAGUACAGUGCAGAUGCAAAUGCAGUCGGACAUUGUGUGGAAGGACAUUAAGUGGAACACACCUGUACUGUUAAGCUAGUCUGCAAAUGGAAAUGUUGUUAUAAAAAGUUGACCAUGACACUUAUCCAGUUAGUAAUGUUAACUAACUAAACAUAGCUACUGGAGGUCUCCUGGCCUUGUGCAUCACUUAACUGUAGUUGGCAUAUUGCUCACACUUAAUAAAACAACUUGAUUACAUGGCUCUAUGUCAUAAGAUCGAAAACUCAAAAGACUGAAAACCAAAAUAAUGAACAUGGGAAUUUGCCUCUUCUUCAUUCUUAUGCAAUCUCAGAGUUGGUAUAUAUAAUUAGCAGGGGUUGUGGGGGGCUUGCCCCCUGUAUUAAAAAUGCUUUUGAUAUUUUGAGUUUUAGAUAUUUUAAUUUUCAGUCUUUUUUAACUUUUGAUCUUAUGACAUGGAUCCAGUUACACACAUUUGUGUCAGUUAUUUAUGUACUCAUUUAUUACAGAAAAAAAAUGGUCUCCACAUUCAUCUUUUUCUUUGUUGCAGAAAGAUGCAUUAAAUUGUGUGUUACUUUGGAUUGAACUCUUGACUAUUUGAAUAAGUUAUGCUAGUUCCUUCUACAGGUAAUCUUACAGUCAUUGCAGUAUGACUAACUUAGAUGUUAAUUUCCUUUCAGCAAGUAUUGUUACUACUGGCAGUCUUUGCUGGUCAGGCAUAGUUAUUUCUAACUAUCCUUGUUGAUCUGGUGUAGUUAUUAUUGACUAACCUAGUUGGCCAGGUAUGGUUGCUAUUGCCUGUCCUUGUUUAUCAUGUAUGGUUACUACUGGCAUGCUCAAGGAAAUAAAAAAAGUCUUCAGCUAA